AUGGCAAUUAUACGAAACUUGGAUGAACAUACAGAAGAUGACAAGAAGAUGAAAGUGAAAUUUGACAUGCCCAACAUUUCCGAGAACGACAAAAACAACGGUGGUGCGAAUAAGUUAAGAGGCUCGAACAUUUUUACCCGUUCUCGCGCUGCCAUAGUGUUGUUGUCUAUGUUGGUGCUCAUACUAGCGUUAUGGUUGCAAUCGGAUACUCGUUCAGAUGCUUCAGGGUUAAUGAAAUAUUUUGUAGAUACCGCCGGCGAUGUAUUUGAUGAAAUCGGACGGACCGACAAUAUAGUGUCUGAGUCAUUGCUAGAACCGCUCAUUGUAUAUCGUGACAUUGCCCCGAAGUUCAGUAAGUCGGCGUUUAAGGGCAGUUCAGAAAUUGCCGAAAGUUUAUUAGAACUGGCUGAUGCUGCAUUCGAUUCCGUAACAUCGAUUAUCGCCGUGAGCGAUGGUGGAGAAUCUCUUUUUCUAUUAUUUCGAUGGCAUUUGCGUGAGAUCAUCGAUAUGAUCAAUGGUUCAGGCGGGAAUAUAGACCAGGAAGCCGUCGAUGAGAUUAAACCUCGACUCGAGAGCAUUUUAGAAUGGACGGAAAUGCUGGAUAAACAAGUAAAGGAUGCCGGACUUAAACUCACAACCGUUUCUAAUACGCAAACAUGGGUGCUCAAGCGUCUUUAUGAGGGCCAAUAUGAGGGUAAACGUGCCCUUGAGCGUGAUCGCCAUCGAGGUUGGCUGCAAAUACUAUUCGAAAAUGCAGUAGAACGUGAGUUGAGACAAAGUGAGUUAAAUGAGAUACUACCACUAAUCGAGGUUACGAUAGGGGUAGUAAAUGAAAUGAAUCACGAUAUUCCGAGAUUGCGGGGAAGGGUGACCGCAUUUAGGGAGGCUAUAGGAUCUCUGUCAAGUGAAUUAAUGCAUUCAACGGCCCAAAAAAGAAUAUCAUCAAAUACCGUGAAAUAUGUGAUAGAUGUUCUGAAUAAGGCUGAAGAUAAAUAUAAAAAAUCAUUCAGAAAGAGAAAAGAAAACAAAAGGUUAGACAAUAGUUAG